UUCAAAAUCUUAAAUAACCUCAAAUAUCAGAAUUGUUGUUACUUAUUGGUUGGAAUAACAUAAAAUAUAAAUAUGUUUAAAAAUAUUUUGAACAAUGUGAAAACAAAUUUAACUCGAGGUUUCCACACGACUUCGUGUUUAAAUGAAGUACGAUUAUUAUCCAGACUCCGAGUAGUAGACAAUUCUGAAAUCGGCAAGCGAGCUAUGGCCGAGGGAAAACCACCUAAAAUUAUUUGCGUUUACAACAAACAACGUGUUGGUUAUAUUGGAGACAGAGUUCUUGUAGCUAUCAAAGGACAGAAGAAGAAGGGCAUUCUAGUUGGGUUGAAACAGAAACAGAAAGUCAAGGUUCCAAAGUUUGACAGCAAUAAUGUGGUCUUGAUUGAUGACAAUGGUACUCCCCUGGGUACGAGGAUACAUGUGCCAAUUCCAACCAUUUUGAGAACUAUUUUAAAAGAGCGCACCCAUGCUAAAGGAGCAGACUACACAAAACUUUUAGGAAUAGCUACUAAAUUUGUUUAGAUUUAUUUUCUGUAUGUAAUAGGUAGUGUAAAUAAAUUAUUUAGAUUUAUUGUU